AUGGGUGCACCUAGGUCACACUCCGGCAUUAGCAAGCAGUGGAUACAGUUCCUACUUUUUGCCGUCAACUUUAUUUUUAUGUUGACUGGUUAUUUGAUACUUUCGAUGACUAAAGUUAUGUAUAAUUUAUACGACAAGUUCUCUUACUUCUUGGACUCCAGCUAUUUUUCGGCCACUAUUUUUCUUACCAUCAUUGGUUUCUCAAUUCUUACUAUAACAUUUUUCGGCUACUGUGGUACAUUUAUGGGGAGUUCUGAUAUGGUUUUCACUGUUGUGUUUUUGAUGGUAGUAGUGCUUUUACUCGAAAUUGCGGCAAUAUUAAAUGUAUACGUUUUUCAAGUCGAUAUUUUUGCUUUUUUGGAGAAAAGCAUCACGUAUGCCAUGUUUACAUACUAUGAAAGCUCCGAAGCUGAAGAAGCUAUGGAUUCAUUGCAGAAAAAUUUAGAGUGCUGUGGAUACGACGGACCAAGAGACUGGUGGAUACAAUUUCGGAGGUCACAUGCUAAUUAUGUUACUCCAAAAUCCUGCUGGUAUGAGUAUUACAAAAAUUCCAAGCGCUCGAUACAUUUUUAUCCUCAAGGUUGUCAGAAAAAAUUGGCUUUCGUUAUUAGUAGUACUUCAAUUAACAUGCUGAGGGGAGCAAUGAUGAUUGUGUUGAUACAAAUUGCCGGGGUAGUGUUUGCUAGAAUGCUCGGACACAUGCUUAAAAAAAAUAAGACCAAUCAAGAAAUACGUAUGAAUAAAAAAUGGACGACUCUUCAGAACAUGUAUGUUCCUAUUUGA